AUGUCAAGCAAUAACGGAAAAAAACCAACAGCGAUAUACGAAUCUCGAUUCCUAAAACACCAGGAUAUCACAUACACAAUCGUCCUUUACAUACAGACACUGUUCAAUAUCAUAUGCUCAUUUUGCAUCUUUUACAUCUUUGUCAACAUAAUUUUAUCAAUCAAGCAGGAUUUCAAACUAAAAACCGAAGAACAUAUACAUGCAUUACAUGAAGAAAGAAUGAGCUGUACAAACAGCUUCAUAGCUAAUCGCUGUGCAGACAGUGAUAGAGUACCAGCCAUUGAAAAUCUGUGUAAUCAGUGGGCAUCGUGUAUGAACCGAGAUACUGCUGUUGCUCAGUAA